CGUCACUUUGCGCGCGCGUCUACAACUCAGCCUGAAGGCUAUUUAAAAGGAUUAGACUAUUUUGACGUAUAUAUGCUGUUUUUGCUUGUUUGUAAUAAUGAAUUGCUAUAUUAACGAUAUAGGUUCAGUGUCAUAUUACUUAUAUUAAUACAUGAACGUCGCAACGACUGCUAUUUCAGCAAGUAGGCUAAGCCACAUCCUCGCAAGCGCGCAAGAUAUCUUGCAUCAAGGUAGGCUAACUGUCAUCGGGUCCGGUUGGUUUUAACACUAGCUUUGCUACAGAUUCGUCUGUCCGUGGAAAAUGAUGGCCUUUCCAGAAUGGCGGCUUUCACUGAAGCUAGUGGACCAGCCAUCCCUCCCCAAGUCGGUGCUGCAGUUUCCCGAGAGCGAGCCCGGGGACGUUCCUCCUGGAGGGUAUCGCGUUGCGACGCUGAAGCAGCUCGUUUCUGCUCAGUUACCUGAUGCCGUACCAGACCCCGACCUUAUAGAUUUGGUGUACUGUGGCAGAAAGCUAAAGGAUGACCUGACAUUAGAUGCAUAUGGGAUCAAAUCUGGCUCUACAGUACACAUCCUGAAGAAGUCUUGGCCAGAGCCGGAACCCCUCCCAGAGCCCGUCGACAGAGCAGCGGCAGCCAGGGAAUUCCGUGUUCUGCAAGCAGCCAUUCACACAAGCACAGCUUACCGGGACUCGGUGUUUAAAAUGCUGAAUAAUAAGGAGUCUCUGGACCAGAUCAUAGUAGCGACCCCAGGACUGAGCAGUGACCCAGUUGCUCUGGGAAUCCUGCAAGAUAAAGAUCUAUUUGUGCAAUUCACCGACCCAAACAUGCUUGAUGUGCUUAUCAGCGCACACCCGGCGCUGGUGAACGCCAUCAUACUGGUGCUGCACUCGGUGACGGGCAGCGUGCCAGCCCCACAGAGCGCCACCUCCUCCAGGAACCUCUCCUCAGGGUCCUACGGAGACAUGCCAGGGGGAUUUCUGUUUGAAGGCUUGUCUGACGAUGAUGACGACUUCCAGUCAGGCGGUCGUGGUGGUCCCUCCACUAGUGUUGGGGGCUCGGCGGGGAUGCGUCCAGUGACGCUCGGCUACAGCGGCGCUCUGGGUCCUCGGCCCAUCACCCAGAGCGAGCUAGCCACCGCCCUGGCCCUCGCCAGCACCCCUGACAGCAGCGCAGUCACUCCCACCACCAGCAACCAGGUACAGGGCCCCUCCUCAGGUGUAUCUCCUGUGCCUGCCGGGACUCCCAUUACCAAUGACCUUUUCAACCAGGCGCUGCAACAGGCCCUACAGGUGUCCAGUAUGUCCUCUCUGCAGAGCCAGUGGCAGUCCCAGCUGCAGCAGCUGAGGGACAUGGGCAUCAGGGACGAGGAGCUGAUCCUGCGAGCGCUGCAGGCCACUGGGGGAGACAUCCAGGCCGCCCUGGAGCUCAUCUUUGCCGGGGGAGCCCCAUGAGCUAGCACCCACCCAUCCUCUUCCCCCUUGGCCACUGAAGUAGACAUCCAGGCCACCUUAGAGCUCAUCUUCGCCCCCCAAGCCAGCACCCACCCAUCCUCUUCCCCCUGGGCUACUGAAGUAGACAUCAAGGCCACCUUGGAGCUCAUCUUCGCCUCCUGAGCCGCCGCCCCCAACUCCCCCACAGACACUAAAACAUGAGGGGAGUUGGGCUUUCACUCUAACAGUCCUGUAUGUCGCACACCAGCAGCAAUGUAACUACCGCAAGCUGUUACACUUCUGCCACACCACUGUUGCACAUGCAGUGCCACUAGUGAAUAUCGGAUGUUUGAAAGGGCAGCAAACAUAUUAUAGUAGUGAUAAAACAGUAUGCAUGUUGCAAAGACUCAUGGUGUUUCCAAUGUCAGUGUUUUAUGCAUCUUAGGUCUUUGUUUCAGUUAGUUCAAAAAAACUUGUUUACAUUGCUGAGUCAGUAGCGAGAUGCAUUGACAUUGAGAAACUCAUUGGUGGAGGUAUAGAGACAUUUGUAGCCUUUGGAAAAAAUAUGUAGGCCUACUCACUGCACUAUCCUUUGUGUGAGAGCUGAUGUGUUACUUUGAAGUUAAUGGAUUUUAUUUGCACAUUUAAUAUACAUAAUAAUAUUGAAUCAUUUUUAAAUAGAAACGUUUUUAUGGAAAUCCCAAUACCAGAGCAAUCUUUAUUUUUUUCCCUGCAAGAUAUUGUGGAGUUUUAACUCCCCAGUAGCCUAUAUAGAUCAGUGUAUUCAGGGUGAUGUAUAGGCUACAUUCAUGUGUCCUGGAGCAUAAAAUGACAUGGACAUGGCUAUGAAGAUUGCCAAGCCAAUUUUCUGUUUCUUGCAAGCAAUAUGAUCUGACAUUGCAGAUCUUUCAUUUAGAGAAAUCAUGUUAGUUUAUUUUGUUUAAAAAGGUUCAGGCUAACGUUCAUGGUCUGUAAUAUUUAAGAAAUGCUGAAUAAAAUCCCUGAUAAGA